GCUGUCCUCAUUGAUGGUAGCACUUCCCUGCGGGAAGACUAAAAAAAAUCAUGGAGCUUCAAGGAUUACCCCAAGACAACCCCGGCUAUCGUUCGUCUAGCAACGAAUUGAACGCUGCUAAUGAGGUGGAAAAACCUCGACCUGACUCGACCGUAAUUGAAGUAAAAGAAAAAAUUGGUGAAGAAAAGGAAGAUCUCACUUCAGAGAAAGUUGACCCGUGGAGUUUGCCGGAAUUAUCUGACACUGGUGUACCUUGGAGCGAGUUAACAACACAAGGCAAGGUUUUGCGAGUUCUUGGUGCUUUUAUAAAGAUUGCCCUGCUUCUGGGUCUUCUGUAUUUGUUUAUCUGUUCUCUGAGUUUCCUCAGCUCAGCAUUCCGUCUUCUUGGCGGGAAGAAAGCGGGAGAAGUGUUUACAGAGAAAUCGGUCCUUUCAAAUCCUGUUGCGGGAGUUGUAAUUGGCUUACUGGCCACUGUGUUGGUUCAGAGUUCGUCCACGUCAACCUCGAUCGUCGUUGCCAUGGUUUCCUCAGGAAUUCUCGAUGUUCGACAAGCUAUUCCGAUAGUCAUGGGUGCUAACAUCGGUACCUCCGUGACGAACACCAUCGUCUCGGCUGGACACGUCAGCGAUCGUGAUCAGUUUCGUAGAGCCUUCGCCGGGGCGACGGUUCACGAUGUUUUCAACUGGCUGAGCGUGGUUAUAUUUCUUCCAAUCGAGGCCGCCACGGGUUACCUGUAUCAUCUUAGCGGCGCCAUCACGGACUCGUUAGGCCUCAAAGAAGGUGAACGAGAGAAGGUUGAAUUGCUGAAAAAGAUCACAAAACCAUUCACCAACCUUAUUGUGCAAAUUGACAAGAAACUCAUUCAGAAAAUCGCAGAGGGAGAAGACAUAGGUGAUAAAAGUUUGAUCAAAAACUGUGCGCCGAAAAAUGGCACAACGGAAAAGUCUUGUGAGGAAUUUUUGUUUCACGAUACUGGGAUGAGCGAUAAAGAAGUUGGUGGCAUCCUGCUGGCCAUUGCUCUUGUGAUUCUUUGUGUUUGUCUUGCUUGUAUUGUUAAACUGCUUCAUUCCAUGCUCAAAGGACAAAUUGCCAAGGUCAUCAAAAAAGGCAUCAAUUCGGACUUUCCUAAACCAUUUAAAUGGUUGACAGGAUAUUUUGUAAUUCUGAUGGGUGCCGGUAUGACAAUGCUUGUGCAAUCCAGUUCUAUAUUUACGUCAGCGUUGACCCCGCUGGUCGGAAUUGGGGUGGUCACCAUCGAACGUACCUACCCCCUAACCCUCGGUGCAAACAUCGGUACCACAGUAACAUCUAUUCUAGCGGCCCUCGCAGCGACAUCGAAGUUCCGAGAGUCUCUUCAGAUUGCCCUCUGUCAUCUGUUUUUCAAUAUCUCCGGCAUUUCAGUCUGGUAUCCUGUGCCGUUCAUGAGAAACAUACCCAUCAAAGGUGCGAAGUUCUUGGGCAAUACGACAGCGAAAUACCGUUGGUUUGCUUUCAUGUACCUUGUAAUUGUGUUCUUCGUUUUCCCUGCUGUUGUUCUUUCCUUAUCGCUCGCUGGAUGGCAAGUUUUGGUUGGAAUUGGGGUUCCGAUCGUGCUUGCAGUCAUUGUGAUCACCGUCAUCAAUGUGCUACAAACUAAAGCCCCGCACGUUUUGCCGAGAGCGUUGCAGAAUUGGAACUGGGCUCCAAUAUGGCUACGCUCUCUAGAGCCUUACGACAGAAUCAUCAAGAAGCUGAUACACUAUCUUCGUGAAACGAUGUGCUGCUUUAAUAAGGUACAAGAGACCGAACAGCAGUCCGAACCCUCACAAACUCAAAAACAACAACAAAAUGGGUCAUCGAGACCACCCAGUUACAAUGAGUACACCCAAGAUCACACCAAUAGCCAUUCAAACAACACUUAUUUUUGAAUCUUUAAUUUGGAAUCCGAAUCUCUACGGUACAGAUUCUGAAUAAUUUGAUAGAAAUGAUAUUGAAUUUUUAAACGUUAAACACUAACCUCAAACAAUGGUAGAUAGGUACUUUACUAGUUAGUGUUGUAACUAUAUAUAACAUAUACUGAAUAUAUGCGAUACUAGGGUGGUAGCAGCAAUUCGGCGCGCAAUUUCAUGUCUAGAAUCCACGAAUAAUCCUAUACACCUGACCCUAACCUUUACCUAACUACUAUAACCCAAUAAGAUAGGUUAAGGAUUAUAUUCGUGAAUUCUGGACAUGGGAUUAAUAACACGAGAUGGUAGUUAUAUGAUAAUGGUCAAUGAUCAGAGUUACUGAUCUUAUUUUUACGCGCGCGAAUUGAUAAUGAACCACCAGCACAACGGAAAAAACUCAAACACCAAUUAACACAUAUUCACCAUUGUAGUUAGUCUAUGUGCAUUUUCACAAUCGGGACAUAUCUCAGGGUAUCCUUCUAUAUCAGGUUUAUUAGUGGCCUUUUACAGGUUUACUGGAAUAGCAUUAAAAUGCACUGUGACUUUUUUAGUAUUUAUAUAACCCUAUUUUAAUCAGGUAAUAAUUAUUACUAGACUACUAGACUAGUAAAUGUUGCAAUUGUUAAAUUGAAGUAACAUUGUAUAGACGAUUGUUUUUGAAUACACGGUUUUGUGUUUCA